AUGUCACUGUAUCUCAUCUCGCUCCAAGGAGGAAUGAUUAAUGUCGUCUCUGCAGACAGGUAUGCUCACCAGAUGGUGUCCAACCCAUGCGGAAAGACGUCACAAAAGGAUGAAAAUUUUUCGGUUCCGAGUCAAGCAAUGCUUGCUGGAGCGUUGAGCCUCAAAAAAGAAGCUUUGGUACAACGACGUGGCUGCAACUCCUAG